ACAUAACGGUACAGGAGGAGACGGAGUUAGUGGGCGGACCUCCAUUUAUCCCUGUUCGACAAAAUGUUUUCUAUACGCCAAGCCUUAUCAAUGGUGUAUUUGAGGAUGAUAUCUCCAACACCCGUUUACCAAGUCUUCAUUUCGCUGUCAACAGUAAAGAUCUACACAUCCAGGAAAAGUCAAAUGAAAGUAAAAGUGAAAACCAAACUGAAGGUCAAAGUGCCAGUGAAAAGUGUCUUUCUUGGAGCCGUGCAAUAGACGUGAACUCUGACAUGGAAAUGUUUGUGCCCAUUCCAGGAUGUAUAGAUGUCAAGGUCAAGGUCAGGAAAGUUGCCAUGGUUACAUCCAUUACAAUAGAACCAAUCAGCAAGGCUGAAGUGUCAGCUAAGGAGAUCAGAAGCCGCCUCACUGGACAGCAAAGGACUGUUACUACGGUAGCCGAGGAACUCCCUCCAGACAACAGCUUCAGUGAAAGCUCACAUCCUGUACACAGUUUGCAGGAUUUACACCUGUUAAGACCUGCAGUAGCCAGCAUAGAUUUGACUGUUGGUGUGAGACUACGACAUCUCACCAUCUCGCUAAAAGAUGAAACAUCAAGCUCUGAAGAAGUGUCGGAAGUUCUCCGAGUUUCCAUGGAUGAGCUAUUUCUGGCCUAUUUUCCUUCUGGGCAGGUUUCUUUUGAUGAAUCUGCAAGUCACUCAUGCAUAUCUGCAUGUGUUGGGGUCAUUCAAUUGGACAAUCAGCUGUUCCACACUAAGGGUCUCCAUGACUUCCCUGUACUGUUUUUGCCACAAAACAUUCCAGACCCAUCACAGCUAGCACUGCCAAACCUUCAGAAUCUGAGUAUAUCCGAGAAGUUCGCCGUCCUGAAGUCUGUAAGUUUCCUACACGCCCAGGUAGUCGUGGGAACUGACAUCCUAAACAAUUCCGUGACAAAGAGGAUGGAGCUUGGUAUACAGGCAGCGACAGCUAACAUCGCUGAUGGUUUUGUUUUGAGACUUUUGAAGGAAGUAGAAGGUUUGAUACCCACAAAACUUUCUAACUCUAGUCAGAAAAAUAAGAGUAUAUUGGUGAAAAAGCUACCGAAGUCUUUAAGAUGUGUGUCAAUGGCAUUCAGCUCACCCGUGAAAAUUGAACAUCUAUGCAUUCAGCCGAUCUCAUUACUCUUCAGCCUUCAUGCUUCUUUGAAACUCUUUAUAGCAUCGGAUCGCACACCACUGUCCUUUGGGAAGUUUGAGCGAAAGGAUGUGUGUGGUGUCUCUCAUCAAGUGGUGCGGGUGUUGGCGAUGCACUAUGCCACUGGAGCACUGUUCCGCGUGGGAAUCGUUGUGGGGUCUCUGGAGAUUCUGGGGAAUCCCACAGGUCUGGUGCGGAGUAUAGGGACGGGUGUGGCGGAUCUGGUCAAGAUGCCCUACACUGGUUUGACCCAGGGACCAGGAGCAUUUGUGGCGGGAGUGUCCAAUGGGAUGACAUCUUUUGUCAAAAACAUUUCUUCAGGAAUGAUUAUGUCCGUGACAAGUUUCGCCUCCAGUGUGUCUCGGAAUAUGGACCGUCUUUCUCUUGACCAAACCCACCAACAACGACAAGAGGAGAGACGUCGAAAUCAGCCCCACGGGAUAUCUAGUGGUCUCAAACAGGGACUCACUGGACUCGGGAUGAGCUUAUUAGGGGCUGUUGCUGGAAUAGCUGACCAACCUAUCCAGAAUAUUAUUUCCAAUCAAGAAGCAGAUGAGCGGCCAAAGUCCACGUCCGCAGCAGCCACAGGAGUUAUGACAGGGGUAGGCAAAGGACUGGUCGGAGCCUUCACCAAACCUAUAGGGGGGGCUGCUGAACUGGUAUCACAGACUGGACAAGGGAUCCUCCUGGGGACAGGACUGGCGGGCGACUCGCCUAAAGUGCGAUACACAGCGGUCACCCAUGCUGUGUCAUCUUUCUUCAGCUGCAGACUCAAGUACCUUGGAAAGUUGCUGCAGGCCAUGUCCCCCAAUGACCUACUGACCUCUGUGUCGGCUGCUUUUCUUGACGUCACUGGGUCAGAGGUCAUAGUUGAACUUCUGGUAACCAAUGAGCUGUUGGUCGUCAUGGAUUGUGAAGAGGAUUGUCAGCAACAAGCUUUUUCAUUGGCUGAGCUAGAGGUUAGCCUGAAACCUGGAAACCCACACCUUUUGACCCUACUUUGGAAAGAUAGAUCCCAUCAGGCAACAGGCGAGUAUGAGAAUGAGAACAAGGACCGAGUGGAAGCUUUCAUAGAUGGCGCUGCUGAUUAUGUACAUGUGUCGCCCCCUCGAUCGCCCAUAGGAGCCGAGAGUCAGUCAGAUUUGUCUGUCUCUCCGCCAGGUCAGGGUGGUGUUGUCCCACAAUUCCAUUUCCUGUUGGAUUCCUGUCACAGGGAAGCUUUCAUCAAUAUAUUCAACCUGGCCAAGAAGAGGAUUCAGGGCCAGGGAUUUGCUGUGUAAUUUAUACAACUAUAGACCUUUCUUGAAGUCAGUGCUAUGUAUUAUCAACCAGCGAAAAGAAAUUGUCCUUGAUUCAUAUACUAUUUUUCAUUAGACUGACAAAUCAAUGACAAUAAUGGCAUCAGUUACAUCAUUUGAAAUCUGUUAAUACGUCUUUAUUGAGUUAAAGUGAUUGAAAUACGAAAAGAGAGGUUUUAGUAAAAAAUAUGAAUACCUACACAUGAAGCUGAUGUCUUUCUCCAGUUACACAGACAAUAUGGCCUGGAUGUAUCAUCUAUGAAACAGAAAAGCAAUUGUGCACCCUAAUGCAGCCAUAUCUGUCCAUAUUGAGAAAAGGGUAUACAUGUGGACACUCAGAAUGCAACACUUUUGGAUAUUUUUACAUGGUCUACAUUACUAGGGCUUAAAGUUUAACAAGCCCCCUAAAAGAUGCUAUAGUCACCUAAACGUUCAUUUAAAUUAAAGGGUAUUGGAAUAUGACUUGCCAGGGGGUUGACAUUUUGGAUGUCUAUUACAUAUUGUUGAACCUUAAAGGCAAUGUCGCUGUUGAUUUAGUGUCCUGAUGUCGGGUAAAUUUAAGAAAGAAAAAAAAAACUGUAGUACAUUAUAAAUGUAAUAAACAGUAAUGUGUAAUAUUUAUUUGAGGCCAAUUGUUACUUGUCGGUGUGGUCCAGUGGAAGUCUACACCUACAGGGGACCAGUCUGUGUGGUCCAGUGGAAGUCCACACCUACAGGGGACCAAUCAGUGUUGGUUUAGUCCCCAUGUGGGACUGUUUUUGUUAAAUGUUGUUUAGAACGAUUUUCUUUGCCUGUUUUUCCUUUUAAAAAAUUGUAUAAUGCCUCUGUCCUGUGAAGUUUUGUGUUUAUGUGCUUGUAAAGUCUUUAUAUAAUUCCUUCAAUAAAAUCCACAUUGAUCCUUCACUAGUGAAAUACACAACUACAGGAUAACAAUGUUUCUGUCAAAGACUGUAGUGGCUACAGCAAUCAUUGAAUCACAUGUACAGGUAUCAUACGUGUAGUGGAGGGGAGGCUCUCACUUGUGAUGCCUUUGUUUGAAACACAGAUUACUUUUUUGUAUUUUCAGUUUUGUGAGGAAAAACACUUACAUGUAUCCCUGUUAGGCAUGCAGUUAAAUGUAAUUUGCUUUAAUUCUCAUAAUGAAAGUGAGAUCUAUUUUAUUUGUCCAUUUUAGUUUGCAUGUUCAUGUGAGAUAAUGCAAUUGCAUCCACUUCCCCAUCAACAGAAUGCUAGUCCAGAAUUGCUGAAGGGACCAAGGCCUAAUCUGAAUAGUUUCAUAAACUCUCUGCUGUUUUGAUUGUGUUCAGGUGUACAUGUCUGUUGGCGCUAUAUUGUAUAUAUAGUAAUUUAUUGAAGUUUUGUUUUUACGUAAUCAAGUCCACAGAUCACGUUGUUGGUGAUGAAUGUCUUUCAUGCAAUAAAAUUGACACAAUUACAGAUGAAAUACAUGUGUAAAUAUGUUUUAAAAAACAUGCAAUUAAUGAAAUCUGUAUUUACAGGAUAUUCUAUAUAGUAACAAGCUGGAGGUUGGAUGAAAGCGUGUGUUAAAUAUUAUAAUCUGUGUUUAACUGUUGUCUGUUGGUUAGCCCUGAUAAAACAUUGGUCAUGUUAGUCAGACACAAUGUACAGGCCUCUGGGACCUUUUGCUUGCUAUUCCCUGUUUAUACCUUAUGAUUUCUUACUUUUUUUAUUGGGACUUAUUACAAAAUUGACCAUUUCAGUUAUAUACAAUGUUUUAAGGAGUUUGUAAAAAUCUCUUAGAGGACAAUGCCAACCUUUUAUAGGUUAUAAUGCAAAUAAAAUAAAAAGUACAAGUAACAUUUUACAAUACUUCACAAAGAGUCGUGUAAAUCAGUCAAGCCUUACCGUCUAACCUCUAGUUACCCUGGAGGCCUUGGCCAUGGAUAUUGAUGGAGUGAACAAGAUACCUAAGGUAAUGAGUGUCACAGAUUUGGGUACUCGGUGUCCAUACUGCGUGUCCGUACUCUGGCAACGCCACAGUUUAUUGUGUGAAUUUUCAAAAUACAAUGUUUGCCUAAAGCUCAAAGAACCUGGUAAUAAAAAAACUUGAACGUGAACUUGAGAUAAUAAUUUGAUUGUUAAAACAAAGUUUCAUCACACCAUCACACGAAGAAUAUGUCGUGAAUAGUUUCGUUCAGAGGUGCAAAUCCCUGUGAGGAUGGGGAAAGGUUACUUGUGUAUGUAAUGUUGCAGAAGUGACCUCAUAUGACCUUAGUUGUAAGGUUAAGCGUAUCAAACCACAGGUACCAGUGUAAUGUGACUGCAUACAUCCUGGAUGUCAGGGCUGACAGCACACAGCCUGGAGCCAGGACCACAUUUAUACUUAUCUGGUAUAAUGUCAGGGCUGACAGGACACAGCCUGGAGCCAGUACCUCAUUUAUACUUAUCUGUUAUAAGGUCAGGGCUGACAGCACACAACCUGUAGCCAGUACCACAUUUAUACUCAUCUGUUAUAAUGUCAGGGCAGACAGCACACAACCUUGAGCCAGUACCACAUUUAUACUCAUCUGUUAUAAUGUCAGGGCAGACAGCACACAGACUGG